UUCAAUCUCUGGGCUUCUACACUGCUUCUACCUUUAUCGUGCUGCAAGUAACUCGGAAUUAAUACCCUGAUGCCCAAAUCCAACAAGGCAGUUGCGCUGAAGAUGGCUUACUCGCUUCCAUCAUCUCAUCUGGGAACGUUAUAAAUGCCUUUCUCUUUCUCUUUCAUUCCAUACUUGCAUCGAUGGUGCUCGGUACUGCGCUUGUGACUGGAGCUGCUCAAGGAAUCGGUAGAGCCAUUGCUCUUCGACUGGCCAAAGAUGGAUUCAAAGUUGCAGUAAACGAUGUUGCCAGCAAAUCGGACCAACUUGAAAGGCUUGCCCAGGAUAUCAAGAAAGUCAACGGGAAAGCAUCUCAUUUCGUCGUUGCGGAUGUAUCAAAAGAGACAGAAGUAGAGGAGAUGGUCAAUGCCGUGUCGAAAACGCUCGGGGAGCUCCGCGUGAUGGUGGCAAAUGCUGGCAUAAUCACUCGUAGUAAAACCACGAUUGAUUAUAGCGCUGAUGAGUGGGACAAGAUAUUCGCAGUCAAUACGCGCGGAGUUUUUCUUUCAUACAAGUAUGCCGCGAGACAAAUGAUUGCUCAGGGAAACGGCGGACGAAUUCUUGGUGCUUCUUCACUUGCUGGGAGAAAGGCUGGACUUGAAGCCAGUGCUUAUUGUGCUUCAAAAUUUGCCGUACGAGGAUUAACCCAAAGUGCCGCUCUUGAAUUAGGCAAAUUUGGAAUCACUGUCAAUGCGUAUGCUCCCGGAUUCACUAAGACCGCGUUGAAUGAACCGUUCUGGGAUGAUCCCGAUUCACUUCUUCGCAAGUAUGGUCUAGUGAUGCCCUCUUACUUCAAACUUGGCGAGCCGGAAUACAUCGCGAGUCUUGUAUCAUAUUUGGCCUCCGAGGAAGCACAUUAUGUUACAGGCCAAACUAUAUCGCCUAAUGGAGGUGCUCUCUUUGACUAGAAUAAUAGUAACCACUUAUUAGCUCAUGUCGAUCAAGUCAAUCAAGUCGUUGAUUUUUUGUGUGGUGCAAAACAAGACUUGCACCUAUCUCAUCCUUCUGGGAUCUGUGGGCAAAUAAUCUUCCGAAAAAAUUCCUCUGUCACCAGGCUCAGCUUCUUUCUGCU